CUCGGGUCGAGUGAUUGCCGCAAAAAGGGCAAACGUUGUGUGGUGGUGGGUGUUGGGGGCCGAUGUGGCUCUGGGGGCUUCGGGCCCCAGUCCCAUAGGCGCAAUAAUCGCCAACCACAAUCGCGGCGGACCAUCCUCCACAGCCCAAUUCACAGACUUGUCAGCUUUGCCCAUCAAAGCUGUCACGGCCGAAAAGCCAAAAAGAAACUGCCCAUUCAUUGUCUCCCGUCUUCUGGCCCUUCUCCACCCCGAAAUUCCCUCGCGACCGCCCUGCGAUCUGGAACAAUUGCCGGCUCACUCUUCUCCGAUAAAUGAUGUGAUUAUCUCGCACCCGCACGGCACGGCAGUUCGUAUCAGCACUUGUCCUGGCGUUCCACCGCGGCCCGAACAGCGAAUAUCGCGCACCCUCUAUCAAUCAAUCGGGCAGCAGUCGUGCGCGGGAUAGGUUGGUUGCCAGCACACGGACGAGUCCACGAGCGUUCCUUCCUUCCAUCCAGUGGGGGGUUGGGGAGAGAGAGAGAGACAGUAAGGAACGAAAGCGGUGGACAGGCCGUGCGGGGUUUGGCGGGUUUUCGGGUGGUCAUUAUCGAAUCAAGCGCAUCUUCCAGGCCGUUCGACGCACGCAAUGAUAAGUGAUAGUGAUUUUCGGAACUUUCACACCACGAUCGCAGAACCCACCGGUGACGGAGUGCGCCCGGCAGUGUAAGGUGUCGCGUUGAAUGCUCCUUGUCCUUGUUGUCCGUGAGCGAUCGGCGAAAACAGUGAGGUCAGUAGGACAACGGUGUUGUGCAAUUCGGUGUGUAACUCAAGGCGAACGACAUGAAAUCCAACAUGCUUUGUGGCAUAUCCUGCUGGCAUCCGGCCUGGCUGCAGCGGUUCGCCACGCCACGAUCGUUCAUCAUGGUGUACGGGUUUCUCGGUACCGUGCAGGCGAUGGCGUACAUCUACUUCGUCAUCACGCUCACCACGCUGGAGAAGCGGUUUAAGAUUCCAUCCUCAACUACUGGUAUCAUCCUGAGCGGCAACGAAAUAUCUCAGAUCCUGCUGUCGCUCAUACUGUCGUACGUCGGGGGCCACCGGAACCGACCGCGCUGGAUUGCGUGGGGCGUGGUGUUUUGUGCCCUUUCCUGCUUCAUCCUCGCCCUGCCCCACUUCAUCUACGGUGCGGGCGAUGAGGCACUGCAGCUUACCAAGGAGUACAUCCGCGAACGGGAGGAGGACGAAGCGCGGAUACGAUCGCACCAGAACUACACGAUCAUGGUGAAGAGCACGAACCGGCUGUGUCUGGAUACGUCCUCGCCGAAGCAAUGCCUCGAGACGAUUUCGGUCGUCCCGCUGGUGCUGAUCUUCCUGUCCCAGUUCGUGCUCGGCAUCGGCAACACGCUCUACUACUCGCUGGGCCAAACGUACUUGGACGAUAACACGAAGAAGACCAACACCCCGCUCAUGCUGGCGUACGCGUCCUCGCUGCGCACCUUCGGGCCGGUCGUUGGAUUUGCACUCGGAUACUUUGCACUUAAGAUCUACAUCGAUCCUACCAAGACACCGAUCAUCGACAGCUCCGAUCCGCGCUGGCUGGGUGCAUGGUGGUUGGGCUGGAUACUGCUCGGCGUCGCUAUGAUCAUCUUCGCCCUGCUUAUCGGUAUGUUUCCGAAGGAGAUCCCGAAAAGGCCCAAAUCGUCCGAACCCCCCACCCAGAAGCGAACUCACUCGACCGUCCCGGUUAUUCUGAUGAACGAUGCGGAAGCAUUCGGCAAGGAGAAGGAAAGUCUCAGCAAACGGCAGCAGCGAACCGUGUCGGAGAAUGCGUCCGAGUUUGCCGAAAGCAUCGUAGAGUUCCCGCAGCUGAAAGACUUCCCACGAGCCCUGAUGCGGCUUCUCAAGAACAAGCUGCUCAUGUUCAACAUUCUGUCCGGCAUAUUCUACAUUCUCGGCUCUAGCGGCUACAUCACGUUCCUGAGCAAGUACAUCGAGGUGCAGUUUCACAAGUCCACCGCUAACGCGACCGUCAUAACGGGACCGAUAACGCUGUUCGGUAUGGUGGCCGGGUUCCUAAUAUCGGGCAUCAUCAUCUCGAAGAAGAAGCCUUCGCCCAAAAAGCUGCUCUUCUGGAACGUGAUCGUCGGUGCGGGAUACAUGGCGGGACAGAUAUCCUACCUGUUUCUUACCUGUCCCGACGGCACUAUGCCGUUGGUGAAGGGCCGAUUAAAUCUUACGACCGAGUGCAACAGCCACUGUCACUGCGACGGAAUCCCGUACAGUCCGAUCUGCCAGGAGGACACGGGCAUCACGUUCUUUUCCGCCUGUCAUGCCGGUUGCGAUACGUGGCACACGGCCGAAAAGUAUUACGACAGUUGCUCGUGCCAGAAUGAAAACUAUUCCCCGAUCACAAAGCUGCCCUGGGAGCGUUCCAGCACCCGGACGACGAAUCCUUACAUUGCUCACACGACUAGCACGAUGGCCGGUGCAGAAAGUACUACGGCAAGCUGGUCAUCUUCCAGUAAUAUUAGCACGAGUUCUGCACCCUCUGUCGGUGCAGAUACGAUUCAACUAUUAGCUGGCCAUGAACCUACAGUCAACUAUACUCUAUCACACGACGAGUUAAGGGAGGAAGAUCCCAAAUCACGGACAGACAAUUCCGACGAACGGUUGGAAGCGGCAAAGACUGAUGAAGCGAGUACAUCAUCCCCUCCUGUGUCAGAAACCAUUCCGGACGACGGUACCGAACCUCCAACCGAGCCAUCCAGAAGAAGAAAACGGGCAGUGGAACCGACGGACGAGGGACAAUCUUCGACGAGCGCUUCCAGCACUCCACCGGACAGCAUACUGUACACGGCGAAACUAAUCCCUGGUGCUUGCGUGCAAGGAUGUGCGCUCGGGUUCUAUCUGUUCUCCAUCAUUUCCAGCAUAAUCAACUGUCUGGGUGCAUCGGGUCGCAUCGGCAACCUGCUUGUCAACUAUCGAUGCGUCUCGAAGCAGGACAAAUCCUUCACCCAGGGAUUGAUACUGAUGAUGAUCAGUCUGUUCGCCCUGAUUCCCGGUCCAAUCAUCUACGGCAGGAUCAUCGACAGUACGUGCCUGGUGUGGACGGAAGAGUGCGGGAAGCGCGGUAACUGCCAGCUGUACGAUCAGAAACUGUUUCGCUAUUACAUCAACAUAACAGCACUGUGCCUCACGUCGGUGGGAGUGUUCUUCGAUGGAUUGGUGUGGUGGUACGGCAAAACGUUGGACCUGUACGGUGAACGCGAAAUGGCGGAACAGCAGCAGCAACGGCAGCAGCAGCAGCAGCAGCAGAAUCAAAAUCACAAAGUGCACCCGGAACCGAUCAGUAAUCAUGCGUUCAAACAUGAUACGUGAUACCCGCGCCCGUACCGGUGCGCGGUGGUGGUGUGAGCUGUGUAAAUGUAUUACUGUUAGAGUACGUUCGAUGCGCUGUAUUGGUCAAUAAGAGAUAAGGGAUAUUUUACAAUAAAUGGUGUACGUUUUAAUCAUGAUAAA